UUGUUUACCGGUGGUGGUGACCUCUAUAUGCCGUUGGAAAAUAAGCAAAGUUCGUAAUCAGGCAAAUUUGUGCCUCAAUCGAACCGUGACAAAUUGCAUUAAUGACAUGUGUUAGCCCGUUAAGUGUAUACCUUUUGAGAGACGAGCAUCAGCUCAAUGCAGCAUGUCGAACCGGAGUAUUGAGGCACUUUCAGCGUUGUUGAGCAAUAUCCGAAGCCGCCAUCAACUGUGUUGAUUGAGGAGAGAGAGACAUGGUCAUGAACCGGAGGAGGAAAGGAUUCAGUAGAUUGGUGAAUCUUGGACUUUUGUUGCUGGUGCUGCUGGUGAGAAAGGAUCACUUUGGAAUAAAUGCACAGAUCCAGGAUGUGACCAUCGUGCUGAGUCAGGGAGCGAUUGUUGGGCUCAAAGUCUUCCCGGAAACCUCGCGCUUCCCGGUGUACACCUACCUCGGCAUCCCGUACGCCAAACCGCCUCUCGAUGAACUGCGCUUCACCCCUCCGGUGCCCAGUCCCGGCUGGAACCGAACGCAGUACGCGCGAGACUUUCGGCCAAUCUGUCCCCAGCUGGAGAACAACAGCUAUGACGACGGCGACGGCCAGAGCGGGUCGUACCGGCUGCGCGAAACCAGCGAGGACUGUCUGUACCUUAACAUCUGGAUGCCGGAAACGGCCGUCCGGUACGGGGGGUUCCCGGUGUUGGUCAUGGUGACCGGCGAGGAGAUGGCCUUUGAUUGGUCGGUUAAUCGGGCGACCGGGUUGGAUUUGGCGUCGGACGGGAUCAUCGUGGUUACGGUGCAGUAUCGGAGUAACGUGUUUGGGUGGCUUUCGCUGGGGACGAAGUAUGCGCCUGGGAAUCUGGGGCUGCUGGAUCAGCAGUUGGCACUGGUUUGGAUCAAGGACAACAUUCAGAAGUUCGGUGGGGAUACCAACCGGAUAACGCUGCUUGGUCAUGGCACUACGGGUGGCCCGAACGUCAUGACCCACAUGGUCAGCCCGAAGGCGCGAGGACUCUUCUCGAAGGCGAUCGUCAUGUCCGGAACGAUCUUCUCACCGUAUUCACGGGUCAACACUGAUCGCAGCCUGUCGGAGAAGAUCGUCAAAAUAUUGGCCUGCAACUACGAGGUCGGCAAGAACGUGCUGCGUUGCCUACAGCAAAAGAGUGUUCACGACCUGUUGAAAGCCUACGAGUACGUCUACCAAAAUGGGAACUACACAAUGACCUUAGGACCAAUCGUGGACGACUACCUGCUCCCAGCGGAUCGAUACGUGAUCGACGACCCGCGAUCCCUUUUCGCCUCGCGAUCCUUUAUCAUGGAAGAUAUGCCGAUGGUCUUUGGCAUCACCAGCAACGAGGGAGCCUUCAUGCUGAACAAGUGGCAGGACUUUGCCCGCCAGGGUCAGGACUACCUCCGGCGGUACGUCAACUCCUCUCUCAUCCCUAAUGUGCUCGAGCAGUACGAGUUCAAUGGCGCAGGACAGCAUCAGAUCCGUGAAACCAUAAGCUGGCGCUUUUUCGAUCAAAUCCCGGAAUCAACCGCUCACCUCCUGAACUCGGUCAUCAAACUGACAACCGAAACACACUACGAGAUCCCGUUCUACAAAACCCUUGAAGUUCUCACCUCAACCAACGAGGACCAACGCAGUACCGCGAUCCUCGAAGGUUACGGCGAACAGCAGCGACAGCAGUCCGCUGGAGAACCAGGCAAUCUGUACGUCUACCUGUUUCAUCACUCCAACUCGAUGGAUAUGAGAGGCAAGAUCAACUACUUUGGAGGGGCGCCGCACUCGUCCGAUCUGCCGUUCCUGAUGGGACCGAGUUUGUUCCAGGAGAUUGGCCGAAAGCGGUUGUCCCAGUCGGAGGAUAAGCUGUGCAAGAAGAUACGGGCGCUGUUUAGCGAUUUCAUCAAGGGAGGUGACCCCACGCCCACCCGCAAGAUCGACGCCUGGACGCCGUACAACGCGAACCUUCGCUACAUCAAGCUGAUCUCAACGCGCGCCGACAGCGUGUUUCACGAAGACAAACACAGCCUGGAGCACGUGUUCGAGGACAACCUGCGACUGAUCGAGGACAAGCUGCUGAACAGCAACCAGGACCAAGCAGAGGGUGGGAACAGGCAGCAGGAGAAUCCUUACCUGUUGGGACGGAACAAUCUGGACAGCCAGGACCAGGAAGGAUCGCGAUCGUCGAAGAGUGCGGUUUUGGUGGACAAUACGCGGGACUCGGAGUACUUUCACUAUUUGAGGAAGCUGGACAGCUUCUGGUACCGAUUCCUGCCCAAACUGAGCGCCAUCAUGAACGCCACCGAUCAGGAACUACUCCGAAAUCGUCGGAUCGAUUUGGCCGCCGAGGAAGAGCAGGAACUCCUGCGCGAAUCCUCGGAAGCAUCCCGCUACAAACACGCCUUCUUCUCAAUGCUAACGCUAGUCUGCAUGCUCCUAGCCGUCCUGGGCGUUUGCGUGUACGUCCUCAAGAAGAGCACCAACAAGAGCUUCACCAGCAUGUUAUGACAUAAGUUCUUCUUCCGGUCGCAGCUGUUCGACCGGAGGAAGGGUCGUAACGCUAGCAAACGGACCGAAGUGAGCAGCAGCGCGGCGGACGACGAUGAGUUCAACAUCACUGGGAUCAGCCACCACCGGAUCAAGACCAGCAGCACCCUGGGGACGGAGCACGUGGUCCGGAAGAACCCCCUGUACGGGAACAAGUACAAUCAAUUCUCGCUUCCAGCGGCGUCGGGAACGGCCAGAAUCGUUGAGCCCACGGGAACGCUGACGAGCACCAGCAACAAGAGUGUCAUUGGACAGCAGCAGCAGCAGCGUUCUGGAAGUCAGUUGGGGACGACCAGGAUUUCGACGGUGACGAGACCAAGGACUACGGGAGCGGUUGGUGGUGGUAGUUCCGGGGAGUUUGGAGAGAAUGUGAACGCAAUACUUACCGAUCUGGAUGAGGAGGAACGUGAAGUGAGGAAUUGGAGGUAUCAGCUCUCGAAUGAUCACUUUUGAAAAAGGAGAGCGAUGUGGUGUUGUACAAGUUUAUUUAAUAAGUUUGUGUGUGCUUACUAGUGAUUAGGAAAAGUAGAGGUUAAAGCUUAAGUCUAUGUGUGAUUUAGGGAAUAAGUUAAUAAAGGAUAUGAAUUUACAAUAAAUA